AUGGGGGAGAAUAAUGAGAGCGACAUUAUAGAGCAUCACGUUGAUGAGGAGAUGGAGAAGAAAACAGCGAGGUGCCACGCCGCGUCCUCCCCGCUGCUGGAGAGCAGUCCGUCCGAGAGAGAGGGCCGGAGCGGCAGCAGCACCCAGUCCUCCCACAGACUGCUGGCCUACAGCGACGCUCUCAUCUCCAUCAUUGCCACAGUCAUGAUUUUACCGGUUGCCCACACUAAAGUGGAAGAUAAUGAGGAGUUGAGGGAGAGCGUUCAGCUUCUGCUAACGACAAAGAUAGCCGUCUAUCUGAUGACCUUCCUGAUCGUGACCAUGGCCUGGGCUGCUCACAUCAGGUUGUUCCAGGUCAUCGUCCGUAUUGAUGAUUGCCUCGCUCUGCUUAACCUUGCGUGUAUGAUGCUGAUAACCUUCCUGCCCUACACAUUUUCUUUGAUGGCAACCUUCCCUGAGAACAUGCUGGGGAUUUUACUCUUCUGCGGCUGUGUGAUGGUAAUGGGAGUCAUUCAGUCGGUGAUUGUGGUUUACGCCUUCAGCCGGCCCUUCCUGCUCAACGAGCAGAUCCAGAUCUCAGAGAACCAGACCUUCUACAAACAGCACAUCCUGAAAGUCAUCAUGAGGGUUCCCAUCAUGUGCUUCUUCGCCAGCAUCUUCUCCUUCAUCUUCUUCCCACUGUCUUACGUUCUUCUAGCCAUCAUCACCUUCCUGCCUUACAUCUCCCAGUGCCUGAAGUGGUGCCGCAGCAAAGCCAUCGGCCAGGUGGAGGACACUCCAGACUCCAUGGUGUUCUACACCUACCUUCCCAACGAGCCGCUCAGCAAAGAACGGGUGGAGGCUUUCAGUGACGGCGUUUACGCCAUCGUAGCAACACUUCUCAUCUUGGACAUUUGCGAGGACAACGUUCCUGACCCGACAGUCGUGGAGAAGCAGUUUGGCGGCAGCCUGGUAGCAGCCCUGAAGGCCUACGGCCCGGAGUACCUCGCCUACUUCGGUUCCUUCGCCACGGUCGGCCUCCUCUGGUUCGUCCACCAUUCUCUAUUCCUCCACGUCACCAAGGCGACGCGCUUCAUGGGCUUGCUGAACACCUUCUCCCUGGCGUUUGUUGGAGGUUUGCCUUUAGCCUACCAGCUGACGCACGAGUUCCCGCGUAACUCCCAGAACGAGCUCGAGGCCAUUCAGAUCAGCUGUGUGAUCAUCUUCUUCGCUGGUAUAUUCCAGCUCUCCAUUUGGGUGGUGGCGCUUUACAGCGAGCAGGAAACGUUGCACCCUUACGUUUGGUACGGCGGGCGUGAGCAUGUGUUCAUGCUAGCUAAACUGGCUCUCUACCCCUGCAUUGCUUUGGGGACCUUUUUUCUUACCUGCAUCUUGAGUAAAUUUAGCACCUCCAUCUUCCACCUGAUGGAGAUCACGGUGCCUUUUGCUUUUCUUGUGCUGAGGCUCCUGGUGCGCGUUGGGCUGGCGAUUCUUCGCUUCAUCUUCUGUCCCAACAGGUCCAAUCUGACAACUGUGGUGGACGAUGACGCAGAUGAAACAAGGGUGCCGUUUAAUGCUGUGGUCACCUAGAGGUUUUCUGAUCAGGUCUGUUGGGUUUACUGCUGGAAGGUGCCCCCCCCGGUGGGUUUAACAUAAAACCUACAGGAGAAUACGUCCCUUUCUGUUAUUUGUUUAUAUCUGGAGCACAGAGCCAAACAGAUGGGAUAAAGAGCUUUCACCUGCACUGAAAGGGCAAUCCAAGUCCUGUAGAGGUAAAGGAAGCUCUCUGUAGAGAGGAGCUAAUAGCUAAGGCACUGACACAGGCAGCCAUUCAUUCAUUUUCUGUUAUCAGCAGCAACUUUUCUAAAGCCAUAUAACCGUCCAGAGAUCCAAAUUGGAUUCUCAUAGCAUGUUUAUAUUUUUCUCUCUUCAUCAGGAGCUGCAGGUUGAGUGAGUAACGUUUUUCUCAAGGCUAAACUAAUUUUAAAAGCAUUACCUAAGGGCAGAGUUCAGACAAUCUGUGGCGAGAGGCCAUAAACAGAAAAUAUUUCAACUACAGUUAAAACCUAGAUACAUGAUUUUUGGUGUAUUUGGCAGAUUUAACUUAUAAACUAAAUAAUUCUGGGUUUCCUUCUAGUCAUAUUUUUGCCCGUCCUCAUAGAACCCGUAAACAAAUAAACUAAAGGCACAAAACUAUUAUUUCCCAACAUGGUGAUUGGAUAUAUGGGAUGUUGUGCUGCUGAUAGGGAUUUGAUCAUUUUUUAGACGCAUUCAUACCAGGGGUUAUAAUAAAUAUGGAGCGGACAGGAAUGUUCACCAUGUUGGUUUGUGUUUUUAAUAGUUUAAAUAUGAUUGGCAAAACGACUAAUUAGUGAAUCUCGAUUAAUGUGUGAAGUUAUCAAGAGGUAACUACCAAUGAGAUACUAACUGCUCAUAACCUCUUCAUAGAACCACUUUUAGGUUUGGAAGCUGAUGCGCUUUAAACUCCUUACUGAACAGAGAUUCGUUGCUGCACUGCUUUUCUUUAUAUUGUGGCCCCGGCUUGUAAGGAAGACUUUAAAUCUACUGAUGUAAAAAUCAGUUUAGAGAAUAAUUUAAUCAUCAACUAAAAGCUGAAACAUCCAGCGUUGAGACAAGACGUUUCUGAGACAAAGACUGUGAACCGUAAGAAGGUUGGUUUUUUUUACCGUGUUGCAUCAACACUGGGAUUCGGAAACUAUUUUUGCUUGUAGUUCAGUUUAUGUGUUUUUCUUUAUGUUGUUGGUUUUAUAAUUAUAUGUUUUAAUGAUUAAUAGCUGUGGGUUAACUGAACAUCAACUGGUAUUCUUGUCCAGUAGGGGUCACUGUUGUCCUAAAUAGUAAUUCAAUUUGAAGACUGCAUCCCUGACCGUUUUAAUUUGAACCCAAAUGGAUUUAAUCUAACCUGCACUUUAUUUAAAACCCACAAAAAAAA